AACCAAUAUAAUAAUCCUCAAUGGUUUUAUAAUGUUUUGGAAAUCGUUUUGUUGAUAAUAAUAAAUAAUUAAAUGCAGCUUCAAUCAUAGAUAAACUUACUUCAUAAUUCUUUGCAUUAAUAGAAUCUUCAGGUAAAAUCAUUUUGUCUGUUCCAUAUUUGUAUAAUACUUUAGUAACAAAAGCUUCUUUUAGAUUAAUCUUGCCAUCGUUACAUUUUAUAUUUCCUUCUGUAAGUAUACCUAACCUUAUAUCCAUUGGUUUAAUUACUAUAUAAUGCGAUUGUUUAUCUAAUAAACAUUCUAGAAUAAUUUCACCAAAUGUAUUAUUAUUAAUGAAAUUUUUAAUAAUUGUUAUAAAAUCAUGAAGAGGAUUAGAUACUUCUUCGAUAAUUAUUUCAUCAGUCUCCAAUUUAUAAUUAAUGCAACAAUCCCAAAUCUUAAAUGAACUAUCUUUAUUCUGAAUUCCUACAUUUGACAAACAUCUGUUACAUAAAAUAUCUUUUUUAUUUUUUCUGUAAUUGUAAAAGACAUUACUAUUUAUUAUUGAAAAGAAUGGACCAUAAAAAAGAUCUAAUUCAUUUGGAUGUAAUAAUGAUAUGAAAUCUAUGUCUUUUUUACUGCAGAACCAUUCAGAUGGAUCAAAGUCGACACUAGGAAGUGGCAAAACUCUUUGAAAAUAAAGCUUGUUACAAAAUACAUUCUUACAACAUGUACAUAAUAUCGUACAUUUGGAAUUUUUAAUUAUUUUUUUCUUACUUUCUAACGUAUUAAAUUGUGUUUUUGUAUCUGUAAUAAAUUCUCUUUGAAAUGAUCCAAAUUCUGAAUCUGAUGGCUGUGUAUGUAAACGAAAACACACCCAUCUAUCUAUUACACUCAAGGAAGAUAACGAUGUUGGUACAAUUUUUAUAUUUGGUAAUGUGAUAUAUGUUACAUUUUCUCCUAUUGACAACAUAAUACUUGCUUCCAAGAGUUUAAUUUGUACUUUAUCUAAGGUUAUGGAUUUUUGCAUAAAUAGAAAAACUGUACAAGAUCGAAGACGAGGUCUUAAUUCUAUUGUAAUCAAUUCCAUAUUUUAUAAAAUUACUGUCCUCUUAAUUUUGAUACACUUCCUUCGUUUCAUGGACUUCUUCACUACAAUGUUAAAAAGAGAAAUAAUAUUUUUACUUUGUAAAAUCCUCCAUGCACGAAACAUACUGUAUACAACUUAGACAUACUACUUACAUGAUUCUCCACGUGUAUGUUUACACUUUUUAAUUUAGUUUCGAUUACGAUGAUCUUCAGUUUUCUUUAUUUAUAAGGCUUUUAUAAUUUGUAAAUAUAUUCAAAUAAUAGAAUUUUUUAUUGUAUAAUAACCUUUCCAUUUAAUCUUACUUCGAAAAUCAUCAAACUUAAGCUUAAUCAGAAAAAUAUUCACCAAUCAGUGAACUUCUUCUGUCCGCCAUUUUAUGAGAGAAUUAUUUGAAAAUUGUUAAAGAUGUUUAAUGGAAAGAUGUCUUGUUAUACUUAUAUCUGCAUUUCUAUUGGUUAUUUAGAUUAAGAAAUGUGUCGACCAAAACGAAUCAUUGUAAUGCCUAUGAGAGAUAAUUUUGAAUAUUAACAUUAUGGAGUUUGUAGCGCGACCGUUAUGAAUAGUGUAUUGUUGAAAGAUGCAGUGAAGUUAUAAAUGACGAAUUGCAAUCGUUUGAUCGUUUCAUUUUAAUUAUAAUUUUAUACAAUUAAAUCGUUAUUUUCUUAUAUAAAUGAUAUGUUCAUUAUGUAAUUAUAUCAAUCCGGCAAAAGAUUACUAUUUAUUUAUUUGAAUGUAGUGAUAUAAAUCGCAUUGUUAUUUAUGAUAAAAAUUAACUUUUUGUUAAGUGAUCAUAUUACGGUAUGAACAGUGCAUAUGGAUAUCUGUAAGAAAAAGAAAAAAAUAUUCAAAUGGGGAAGACAUUUGGUUUUGUCAUAACAAUUAUUUAAAACAAGUAUUUAAAAUAUAUACUAUCUAUAGAAUACAAAGAUGUUAGCGUCCAAUGAUAAGACAGAUGAAAAAUUUAAGUCACCUUCUAAUUCACAAAAUGGAAAUGAAAAGAGGAUACAUAGAAGCAAGUUUCAAACAUUUGAUAAAGAGACUAGUAAAUUAAAACAGGAAUUAGUAAAUUUAAAAAAUGAAGAUUUGGUAGAAACAAAAAGAAAUUUAGGAGAUCAAAUGGAUUUUGAAAAAUCUUCUAAAUUGGAAACUAAGCAUUUAUCUAAACACAGUUCGGAAGGACCUUUUUUUGAAUUUAAAUAUUCUAAGCAUCCAUUAUUGCAGUCAGAUAAAUAUUCAAAGGAAAAAAUGGAAUUAGAAAUGCAAUUAGAUUAUAAAAAAAAGGAGAUACAAGAAAAACAAAAGAAGAUUCUUGAACUGCAAGAUAAAGUUCGAGAAAUUGUCCAGUUAGAACAUCAAUUGGAAGAAAAAGUAAAACGAUUGGAAGCUUCUAAUAAAGAAAGGGAUAAACUAGAACGAGAAUUAAUUACAACAAGAUCAGAAUUAGCAGCAGUAAAGAGGACAUUAGAAUUGGAACGUCAAGAAAGGAGAGAUUUAGAGAAUAAAGCUCUUGCUCUUAUAAAAGAUGCUAAGCGUAAAUGGGAAAAUGCAGAAAAAGAAAAAAUUGUGCAACUUAACAAACACAUUGAAACCCAAACUACACGCAUUACAGAAUUAUGUACAAGUAAUAAUGAAAUGAGUUCAAGAUUACAGAGAGCAGAAUGUGAACUUGAAACUGCAAAUGCUGAAUUACAUAAACUUAGAUUAUUUCAGACACAAUACAAGGAAUCUUUAGCUAAAACCCGAGAGCUUAAUCGACAAAGCGUUCAAGGUGUUGAAACAAAAUUAGAAGAAAUAGCAAAUCGUUCGCAUAACCAAAUAUCUGAAUUACGUGCAAAAUUAGAUUUUGAAAUAGCCAAAAAUACGGAAUUAGAAGUAAAAUUAAGAAAUGAACAAGAUUCUAAUCAUUGUCGUCAGUCAAGGCUCCAUGUUGCUUUGGAACUAGCUCAAAAUGAACUUAAAGAUUGUCAAGAGCAAUUACGUGCGGUACAAGUUACAAUACCUGUAAGAGAUACAGAAAUAGAAACUUUACGGAAACAGUUGCAAGAGAGAACCAAACAAUUGGAAAAUGCACAGAUAUCAGAACAAACAUUUGCUAAUAUGCGAGAACAACUUGAAAGAUUGAAGGGAGAAAAUGAACAACUUAAAAAACAACUGGAAGCAACUAAAUCUGAUUUAAAUGAUACUAUAAUGAAUUUGGAACAGAAUGAAACUCUUGCUUUAAACUUAGAGCAAGCUACGCAAGAUAAAGUUGCUUUGCAGAAAAGACUACAAGAUUCUUUGGAUAAAGAAGAGGAACAUUUACGUAAAGUUGGCAAUUUGGAAGAACUAUUGAAACGCUUGGAGCAGAGUGUUACUAAAUUGGAAGCCGAAAAUGCUAGCCUUAAAAAAUCUGGAUUUAUGGAAUCAGGCACCAAUGUAAUUUCUUCAGAAAACUUGCUUGAAAAGAAUACACAUUUACAAGAACAAGUACAAAAGUUUGAACAGCAACUCGACGCCUUAAGAGAAAAUGUUUCUGCUGAACGACAAACAGCAAGGCAGGCUCAAAUGAAUUUAUGGAAAAAAGAAAAAGAAUUGUCAGAUUGUAAUUUGGAUAAACGAAUUGCAUUAAGAGAAGUAAAAACGGCUGAAGGAAAAAUAAAAACAUUGCAGGAAGAAAAGCAGAAGUUAUUAGAUAGAAUAAAUAAUAAGACAAAAGAAGAUGAAGAGAAGUCAAAAAAAUUAUUGAAAGAAUUGGAUAGCGCAAAAAUAUCUUUAACAGAGAUUACAAAAGAAGCAUCUAGAAAUAAACAGCAAGCAGAUUCAGCGCAAAGGGCAUUAACGCAAACUAAUCGUGAGAUAGAAGAACUUCAGUCUACGAGUGCAGCAUUACGGAGGGAAGUAGAUGCAACGCGUAAACAAAUGCGAGUAUAUCAAGAUCGUAUAGAUAGCCUGAAUGCAGAAAAUAAGCGCUUAUCACAAUCUAGUAUGAAACAUAAUGAAGAUAAAAUAGAGUUAGAAGUGAAAAUAGAAAAAUUAGAACAGGAAAUUAAUGGUUAUGAACUUAAUAUCGAACUUCUGAAGGAAACUUGUACUGUGCUUGAGGAACAACUAACGGAUUAUGAAAGAUUAACGAGUGAUCAUGAAACUCGAGAAAAUAUGUUAAUCCAAGAUAAAAUGAAAUUACAAAAGGAUUUAGAAACUGCGGAAAUAAAAUUACGUGAAAUACAGACAGCACAUAAUGAAGAGAAAAAUUUAAAGCUGACUGCUGAACGCAAUGUUCAAACAUUAGAAACAGAAAUAAAUGAUAUAGAGAGCGAAAGGAAUAGUUUAAUUGCUCAAAGAGAUCAAUAUAAAAAAUUGGUACAAGAAUUAACUGAACAGGUUGAAUCUUUAAGUAUGAAAUGUGGUGAUUUAGAGUGUGACUUUUCAGAAAUGCAACGUGCAUUAGAAACUGCAAAAGCAGAAGCAAUAAUUGUUAAGGAAGAAAGUAGUCAACAUUUAACAAGUUUACAUGAAUUAAAAGAAGUGAAUUAUUCGCUGAUGGCCGAUUUACAAAAUAGCAUAGAUCAAGGACAAGAUCUUAGACGCAGAAUCACAGAAUUGGAAAAUGUCUUAGCUGAAAUGAGGCAAUUCUAUCAAGAGAGAGAAGUUAAAGCAGAGAGUACUCGGCAACAACAAGCGAAAUUAAUCGAUUAUUUGCAAUUAAAAUUAGAAGAAUGUGGUAAGAAAAAGAAAACUAUGUGCGACAAAAUUCUUGGUACCAAACAAAAAGAGAAUAUUCCUCCUACCAGUACAAGUAUGCCUAUUGGAUAUCGCGAAUUAGAAAAUCAACUUACCAAAGAACGAGCGAAGGUGAAGUCAUUAACGGAUCAGUUAUUAGCGUAUAAGGCUAUGCAUAUAUCUGCAUCAGCGCCUUCUUCGCCAUCUUCUCCAGAUAUAAAAAGGCCUAUGGUACAUGUUAUGGAAACAACGAACGACAUUUUAACCAAACGUUUGUCACCACAGAGAAUGGGCCAUAAUAUUCCACAUAGAUUUAACGUUGCAUUACCGAUGCGUGCUGGAAAAUGCACUGCGUGCUCUGAUUCUAUUCAAUUUGGAAAACGUGCAGCUAUUUGUAGCGAAUGUCAAAUAAUGACACAUUUGAAAUGUUCAUUAUCCGUUCCUGCAACAUGCGGUCUUCCUGGAGAUUUCACUAAACAAUUUAGUAAAACUUUAAAGAAUAGUGAAGACAGUCUAUCAUCUUUGGGCGGUAGCAUUCAAACAUUAUCUAUAGAUCAACCAGAUAAACCUGAUAUGGUAGAUACUUCAAGUUCUCACAAUGUUCAGAAUAAUAAUAAUGAUAUUUCAAUGGAAGGCUGGGUAAAAAUGCCGGCACGAUCAAAAUCCUGCUGGGAAAGAAAUUACUUGAGAUUAGAAGAAUCUCGUUUAUGUAUAUAUGACCAUCAACCUUCGUCUGGAAUGGCACCGAUGCAUAGUUUAAAUCUAAAUGAAAAAAAUGGUUUUAAUAUUCUGGAGAAUAUACAGCAAGCUGAAGUAAUUGAAACUGCAAAGUCUGAUCUACCAUUUAUCUUUAGAAUAGAAUCCAAUUCUUUAACAACUUGUUGGCCUACAUCUAGGCUUGAUAUUAUGGCUUUAAGUCAGACUGAUAAAAAGAAUUGGGUGAAAGCUUUAAAAAUUAUUACUAGUCAAUGUUUAUCUGUUAAAACAAUAAAAAAUGAAAAGUAUCAAACAAUACUUAGAUUAGAAAAACAUCAGUUGGACAUAAAUUGUGUAGUAGAUUUGGUGGGAGAAAAUGUUCUUUUGUUAGGCGCAGAAGAAGGAUUAUUUUCAUAUUGUGGUACAAAAUCGAGAAUACUUACAACAAUUCGUGGUGUAAAAAAAGUGCAUCAACUAUCCUUACAUCCUCAUUUAGACAUAGCUAUAAUGAUAGCUGGUGAAAAUAGACAAUUGGUCUAUUGUUCUUUGAGACAAUUAAGGAGUAAUUCGCUUGCAGCCGAGUGCUCUAGACCAGCGAUAAAUACGAAAGCUGUUUUGACGGGUUCUGAAAGUUGUCAUUUCUAUCAACUACAAGACUUAUUCCUUUGUGCUGCAUUUGCAUCAUACGUAAUAUUAUUUAAAUGGAUUGUCGAAGAAAAUCGUGAAGGUUUCAUUAGAAUUCGUGAGUUCGAAACACCUAAACCUUGCAGCUGUGCUAUAUUUACCAAACAUCGUCUUAUUGUUGGAUGUAAUAAAUUCUUUCAAAUCGAUCUCAAUAAUUAUUAUGUCGAAGAUUUCCCAGAACAAGAUGACAGUUCAGUUAAAGAAGCAUUAUCUGGUGUUGCAAAACUUGGAAUUUUUCCAGUUUGUGUAUUAAAUGUAUCGUAUAAGCCUUCGAUGAUAGAACUUUUGCUUUGUUACAAUGAAUUUGGCGUGUUUGUUGAUGAAAAUGGUCACAGAACACGAAAUAUUGAUCCAACAUGGAAUCAUUUACCAUUUGCUUUUGCCUAUCGAAAACCAUAUCUAUUUAUCAUACAUUUUUCAUCAAUUGAAAUAGUAAAAUUAGAUGCAGAGGCCUAUACAUUAUCGUCUAAAAGUCCUGAAAGAACUCUAGUUGAACUUUCAAGUAUACGAUAUUUAGGUGUAACUAAUUCGAAAGGAAUUUAUGUUGCAUCUGUUAAUUCUUUCCUUCAGUUAUUGAAAAUAGAAGGUUCUUUCAAUAUACCUGAUCUAAAUGGCAGUAUUACAAGUUUAGAUACAUUGAUACAAGACGAUGAAAGUACUUCAGAAUUCAGUUUUACUUCAAGCCUUAUGGAAGCUUUGGAUGGUCAAGGGAAGAAAGUGCACUUUGCUGAUGUGUCUAAGCAUUAAAAUUUCGUUUUUUAACUUUUAUUGAAUAAUUACUUAUUAUUUUGACAUACAUUCAUCGUACAUAUAUAUCUUAAGUCUGGAUAGCAUACAACAUAUUUACUUACAUUGUAUAUUCAUCAUUAAUUAAUUACUAUUUGGUUAUCAAAAUAAGACACUAUUUGCGUUCAUUUAUUAUUAUUAUUAUUAUUAUUAUUAUUUUUUUUUUUUCUCCUGAUCGUUAUAAGAUAUAUAAUAGUUUCGAUGUAACGAAGAAAUAAUACCUAAAAGAUAACGUUUUUUUUAUUAAAACAAACCAAUUAAAUAAUACACUUUACUGUCAAUUGUUUAUAGAUUUCAUUUCAUAAAAAUUUAAUAUUACAAAUGCUAUAGAGUAUGGUAUUAUUUAAGGCGCAUAAUGACGUGUUAACAAAACACGUAUUAAAAGAGUACAAAGUAAAAAAAGUAUAAUUAUUUUUUGUACUAUUUAAUUAAAUAUUAUAUACGAAAACUAAAGAUAUUUUGCGAUAAUUUUAUGAAUAUAUAUAUGUGUGUAUUUGUGCGUGUUGUGUGUGUA